AUGGAUGGCCUUUCUGGUGCUUCCGCUGUGUUCGCUGUCGUAUCUCUUGCUGUCCAGCUAGCAGAGACCAUUCACAAGUUAGUCGAGUUUUGGAAAGCAGUCGAAGAUGCUCCCGAUAAUAUUACGAGGAUUUUCCAAGAACUUGGACUUCUGUCCAAGAUUUUAACACAAAGCCAUGAACUAGCGCAAUGCCACUCGUUUUCUGAUAUAUUUGAUGAAGCGCUGGAAGAUUUACAAAAUAAUAGUCUGUUAGCGCGCCCAUUUUCAACGUCUAACGUUUAUCAAUUCAACCAAAAGACGUCUCGUGCCAACACUCAGAUAUUCCAAAGCAUGCAAAUAACAGAACGAGAGCUGGCAAAGGGCUUGGCGGAAAAGCAGAAUCUGUUGAGUUCGGGAUAUCUCAAUGAGAACCUUGUUCCAUUUCACCCUGUCACAAAAAGGCAGCGCUUCAUUGAACAAGGCCAUGAUACGCAAGGGAAUCAGUUAUCGCCCGAAUAUGCAGAUAUCCCUCAGUCUGUGGGUGUUAGCUCGCGCGAACGGCAUGUAUAUGGAAAGAGGGGGUGCCAGAUUACGGGACCAUUCUCGAAUAUAUGGACUGUGUCUCAGGAGGUUCGAGAACGGGCUGUUCAUGCAUCAGGAGCCAAGGAAAAUGUGCAGGCAGAAUCUCAACUAAUUCUUUACCCUUCAAAGUGGCUUGCCAAGAUUGGCAUGGCAUAUGGCGUCAAAUUCUCGGUCCUAGCAUCAAGGGGAUGGCAGUACUCGCUCCAGCCUUUUCGCGCCGUGCCUGAAAAUGCCUUGAUUUUCGAAUUUUGCCGUGAAGGAAAUCUUGAGGGGAUAAGAACAUUACUGAGUCGAGGAGAUGCUUCUCCUUAUGAUAAGGAUCCUUUAGGAAGGACACCUUUAUGGUACGCUGUGCUUCAUCACCAAUUGGACAUAUCUGCACUACUGCUUUCGGAGGGCGCAGACGUACAGGAGAUGGAUUGGGUAGAUCGAAGACCAAACAGAAUCAUGGAUCUGGAUGUUGCAAGCAGGAAUGAGUCGGUUCUGGUAGUUUUGCAGUAUUUGGCACCUUAUUUUCAUCGCACCAAUUACAAUUUCAAUGGCCUUUUCUCUGAUUUAUUAAGUAUGGGAUAUGAUGGCGCGGUACUGCAGUGGUCUUUAAGCAAUAUUCCGGGGAAGCUGCGCGGUAACGAAAAUAGAUCUAUUAUCCAGCGCGCAAUUAGGAGGCUCCUUCUAAUACAAGAACCUCUUACGAUGAAGACUAUUAUUGAUAAGAGCAUGACAGCCGAUCUUCAUCUUUACAUUGAUCCAUCACCAUCCCAGGUUUACGGAAGAGAGACGCCCACGUCGUUGGCAAUGUAUGAUUUGGAAGGUUUCUUGGUUUGGCGUAGACUUCUGAAAGAGCUUGGCUUCGAUAUAUCAGACUUUGUCGCUCGGGAAAUAGAAGCCGGGGUAUGGAAAAGUAAUGGAUGGACUCAACAGACGCUUCUUGCAUUGUUCGAGCAAGAAUUGACGCUCCCAAAACUCCCCAAACCGUUCAAUCCAAUGGGUUGCCGUCCUUGCGAUAGAUGUCAGCAGCCUACACAUAUAACUGAUUUGAAUAAAGUAGAUCUUGAAUGGCGACGCAAACUCCGGGCGAUUAGAACAGGAAAGGCACAUGAUAUCUUGGAUGAUUGUUCGGCACUAGUCGGGAAAGUGGGUGUUAGGUAUGAUAUCACCGAUCGCACUAACGGGAAUGGGGUGGAAAGUGCUUUGGAUCCUCUACCUUAUCGCAUAGUCUGUCCAAGGAAGUGCGAAGACGGAAUCUGUGUGGCGUGGGAAUUCGAAAAUUUUGAGCCGCCGAGUCUUCCACCUUACAUUCCGAAAGAGGAACGAAAACGUCUCGAACGGCUGCGUUUGUUGGAAGAGGAAGCUAAAUGUCCCACUUACACUAUGCCUGGAGCUUUCAGAAUCCAGUAG